AUGGUCAUUCCUUUCUCCCUCUCUCUCUCUUCUUUCUCCCUCUUCCACCCGCUAUUUCUCUCUUUUCCCGUCUCUCUCUUAUUUUUGGCUUGUUCUAUUUACUCAGAAGCCCAGCCGAACGAUGCAGCGUUUCGGCUUGAAAAAAAAAAUCAGCCUGCCAAAUCCCCAUCUUUCUUUUGUUAUUUCUUUCUCUCUUUCGCUUUUCUAUUUUCAAUCUUUUCUUUCUUUUUCCUUUAUUUCUAUCACCCUCUUUUUUUCCUUUAUUUCUAUCACCCUUUUUUUUUUCCUUUAUUUCUAUCACCCUUUUGUGCUUUCGUUCUAUUUUUGUCCUUUUUUUUUUCGAUCGCUAAUUCGUUUUGUCGGUUUGCUUUUCUUUCCAUUCUUUUUUUCUUUCGUUCUCUAAAUUUCUUCCUGGUUUUACGUUCCUUUUACUUCUAUCUUGUCUUUUAUUUUCGUUCCUUUUUUUUUUUUUCGAGAAAACUUUCUUCUUUUUCAUUCGUUCUUUUUCAUUCAUUAUUUGCCUUCUUUGAAUCACAAUGUUUUUCGUUGGCUUCUUCCUUUUUUUUUCUUUAUUUUUUUCAUUCCUCAUUCACGUUCUUUCCUUUCUUUUCUUCAUUCCUUAUUCACUUUCUUUGUUAUAGAUCCUUAUCCUUUUAUUUUUUUAUGAAUUUUAUUGGAGACGCUGAUUUUCUUUCGAUCUUUUUCCUUCCUUUUUUCUUUCUUUCCCCAAUCUUAUUCAUGUCUGCUUUCAUGUCUCUCUUUGAAUCUUUCUUUCUUUCUUUUCCUCUUUUCUUUCUUUAUUUCUCUCUUUCUUUCUUUCUGUCUUUCUUUAUUCUUUCUUUCCUUCUGUUUUAUACUUUUUCUUUCUUUCUUUUUUCUUUCUUUUCCUCUUUUCUUUCUUUCUUUAUUUGUCUCUUACUUUCUUUCUUUCUUUUUUCUUUAUUCUUUCUUUCCUUCUGUCUUUAUACGUUUUCUUUCUUCCUUUCCUUCUUUCUUUUUUUCUUUUCCUCUUUUCUUUCUUUAUUUCUCGCUCUCUUUCUUUCUUUCUUUAUUCUUUCUUUCCUUCUGUCUUCAUACUUUUUCUUUAUUUCUCUCUUUCUUUCUUUCUUUCUUUUCCUCUUUUCUUUCUUUAUUUCUCUCUCUCUUUCUUUCUCUCUUUCUUUAUUCUUUCUUUCCUUCUGUCUUUAUACUUUUUCUUUCUUUCUUCCUUUCUUUCUUUCUUUCUUUAUUUAUUUCUCUCCUUCUUUCUUUCUUUCUUUCUUUCUUUCUUUCUUCCUUUCCAUUAUAUCUUCGGCUUUCUUUCUUCCCUUAUUUCUUUCCCUGAGAUCACCUUGA